AUGCGAGAAAGUGCCAGCGGCAGCGCGGCAUCUGCCGUGGCCGAGAACGGUGUUGCUCCGCUGAGUGAUGAACGGACUCCCUUGCUCAAGUCAAAUGGCCAAGGUCAGAACCCAGAUGCCGAGCCAACAAGUGAAGCUCAAGGGGAUGCCCCGAAUCAGGGUCUUCCAGCAGGCCAAGAAGAGGAGACGACCGUUGUUGCUGAGGAGGUACCGACUGGCAAGCUCAUCCUCAUCUUCGGCACUGCCUGGAUAGGCGUCUUCCUGGGUGCCGUCGAUUCCACUAUCAUCGCAACUCUUUCAGGGCCCAUCUCAAGCGAGUUCCAAUCUCUGAGUCUGCUGUCAUGGCUUGCGACAGCUUAUCUCAUCUCCAAUGCCGCGUGCCAGCCCAUCUCAGGCCGGUUGACGGAUAUCUUCGGGCGAGGGCCGGGUCUCGUUUUCAGCAACCUCUUUUUCGCGGCUGGCAACCUCAUCUGUGGUCUUGCGCAUAGUCAAACCACUAUGAUUAUCGGGCGUGUUGUUGCGGGUAUUGGCGGUGGUGGUUUGAUGAGCAUCUCGACGUUCUUGGGCUCAGAUUUGGUUCCUCUGCGCAGGAGAGGUAUUGUUCAAGGCCUUGGUAACAUUUGUUAUGGCUCUGGAGCAAUGCUUGGUGGUGUCUUUGGUGGUUUGAUCAACGACCACACCUCCCAAGGUUGGAGACUUGCAUUCUUGAUCCAGGUACCGCCGGUGCUCGUCUCUGCUGUGGCCGUCCAUUUCCUGGUCAGGGUCCCUCCCAAGCAGUCGGACAAGUCAUUCCUCGCCCGUAUAGACUUUGUAGGGGCGUUCCUGACAUGCUCGUUCCUGGUGUUGCUACUCUUGGGACUUAACUCGGGCGGUAACAUUGUCCCGUGGACGCACCCUCUUCCCUUGACCACAAUUCCUCUGGCUGUCAUCACAUUCGGGUUAUUCUUAUUCUGGGAGAGCAAGGCCCGCCAGCCAAUCAUUCCUGUGAAGCUUCUCCUCGAUCGAACUGUCUUGAAUGCCUGUCUUUGCAAUUUGGCCUGCACCAUGGCGGUCAUGGGGGCCCUCUUCUAUGUUCCACUUUACCUGCAGGUUCUUGGUAGCAGCGCCACGCAGUCGGGUGUCCAGAUCUUGCCAUCCCCGAUCGGUAUCUCGAUCGGCUCUCUCUUCUCUGGCUUCGUCAUGAAGAAGACUGGAAAGUACACCAGGCUUGGAGUAGCAGGUUUACUCGUCCUCAUCGCAGGUGUAGUAGUUCUGACCGUCCAGAAUCAGUAUAGCCCCAAGUGGCUGAUGGGUGUUUCGUUCUUCUUGAUCGGUUCCGGGUAUGGCGCGACACUUACGACGACGUUACUGGCAUGUAUCGCUGCGGUAGAUCACUCUCAACAAGCUGUUAUCACAUCUGCAACCUACCUAGCACGCAGUCUCGGUAGCACUGUUGGAAUCACUAUUGGUUCGGCUGUCUACCAAAACAUCCUCAAGGCACGGCUUUGGGAGAGGUUCGGCGACCAGCCGGGCGCUGCAGAUGAGAUUCACCGCAUCCGAGAUGAUCUCGAUGAGAUUAACCAUCUCCCCGAGGGAUGCACACAUUGCACUCGACUAUUGAGAGACGGUGAUUUUCACGACAAGGAUGAGAAAAUUAUAAGAUCUUGA